AUGACGGCAAAAUGUGAAUCCGGAUAUUUCGGCAAAUCCUGCAACGAGUCCUGUCCUACAGGAAGGUUCGGUUAUAGAUGUGGCGGUAAAUGUUUUCCAGAUUGCACUGAUGAAUAUUGCAACCCUGUCAGUGGAUGUCAUCUUAUAAUCAAACACACUACCCAACUGACAGCGCCAGGUAAUGUUAACAGUCCACGAACACUAGAAAUAGUAGACAGGUCUGUAGAAGAAAACUCCAAACGUCUGUAUUCAACGAGCACAAUCUCUCUAUUUUCGGAAACCAGUACAAUAAACCAAUUUUUCAGUAAAGGGACACCUUUACAGAUAAAUGAAAUAAAUACUAAUUAUCUGCUAGCUGGAGCAGGGGUUGUUAUUUUUAUGCUCCUCAUCAUAAUAGUGAUACAGACAAGUAGAAAGUCAAAAUCGGCUAAAAAGAAGUCUUUACUUCAACACAAAAGAAAUGAAACUCAAAUAUAUGAUGAAACCUUUAAACAACCUCCAAAUGGCCAAAAUAAGAAAUAUUUGAAAAGAACGUUUUCCAAACAAUCAAAUCACUUUUAUCAACCUGUGGACCCUGUGUAUCAUGAAAUCGAUGAGUCUAUGGAGUUGAUGCAAAUUCCAGCUUCUACUGAUACAGUAAUUGAAUUAGAAGAUCAAAACCUUUCGAAAUGUUUUAACAACUCAAUCAGUAAUGUCAUAGAGCACGAUGACUUAAAUGUCCAAACGAGCGAAUCGUAUGUAAUAUCGAGUAGGGAAAGCAUGUGCCCAGACACAAACAAUGGAGGCUAUCUUGAAUCUACCUUUGUUCAUGCAAAUAUAGAAGUAGAAAGCAAAUGGGAGACACAUUCGUAUAUUGAUAUGAAAGGAUGA